GUCGGCUUUAAUUUUGAGCUACUAAAAUCAGAAAUUUAUUUCGGACUUUGAGGCCCAUUUAGUGAACAGAUCGGCCAGCCCAGAAAGCAAGUCAGGAGACGCAGCUCUGUUGCUCCUCCUCUAAGAAACAGACUCUUGCUCUGUACUAUUAUUACACGUUUGGUAUUAAUAAUUCUUUCAAGCGGACUCUUUUAUUUCCAGGAUUUUUCUGUUUAGAGAGCAUUGAGCCCUAAUUGUUCCGGGGGAAAAAACUCGAUUUGGAUUUGAAGGUAGGGAGGGAGCAAUGGAUGUGAUAAAAUCGCAGCAAAUUUCAGCCCGGCCAAUCGACAAGGUCGUCGUCCACCCGCUGGUGUUGCUCAGCAUAGUUGAUCACUACAACAGAGUCGCCCGGGACACCAAGAAACGCGUCGUCGGGGUUUUGCUCGGCACCUCUUUCAGGGGAACCGUUGACGUCACCAAUAGCUAUGCUGGUUCAGAUCUGAACUUUUCCACUUUUAAUUUGUUGCCCUUUAAGUUUUCUUUCUUGCUUCAGUUAUUGUUCGUGUGUUCGUGCAAUUGACCUAUUGCCGAAUAUAGCUGUUUUAGCUUUUCCGGAAUUUUACGGAGUAAUUGUUGUUUGGGGAUUUUAGGGUUUAGGUUUUUAUUUUUAUUUAAGAAAAAUAAAGAAUGCUUGCAGAAAGUUUUAGGGUUGAGACACUUACGGGGUGGAAUUUUUCUUCCCUUGCCAUAUUAGGCCUGAAGGAAAGAUAUGUUUUGUGGGGCAGAUCACUUAGAAAUUGUGGAUGAAAGUUUAAGUUUCUUUUAUUUGUAAAACGGUAGAUUAUAUCACUCACAACCAUAUGAACAAUAUUUACAUCAGUCUGGCUAGUUGAGACAUGCUCUUUACUACAUCAAGAUUCAAAGAAAAAACUGACUAUAUGUUCAGCAGAAAAUUUAGUUUCUUUUUACUGCUAAUUGUUAAGAAAUUAGGUAGACUGGGAGUUAUGUCGUGCUCAAAAUUCGGGGUUUAACUUUAUUUUAACUUGAUGUCCUUUUGUUACCUUUUGCUUUAUAUCUUGCGGAGUAGAUUCUCUUACCCUCAGAUUUUAAUAUAUUGUUGGCUUUACCUUUGGUCAUUCUUAGCUGUUGAACAUUAGAGUUGGACUUUAUCAAUGUUUACCAGCUAUUUAGUCUUUUACUAAAAUACUGUAUGCAGUCCCUUUUGAAGAAGAGGAUAAGGAUUCUAGUAUCUGGUUCCUAGACCACAAUUACCAUGAAGCAAUGUUUUCGAUGUUUCGGCGAAUUAAUGCCAAGGAGCAUGUUGUUGGUUGGUACAGUACGGGUCCCAAACUGCGGGAGAAUGAUCUGAAUAUUCAUGCUCUUUUCAAUGAAUAUGUGCCAACUCCAGUCUUGGUCAUUAUAGAUGUCCAGCCCAAAGAAUUGGGAAUACCUACAAAAGCUUAUUAUGCUGUUGAGGAGGUUAAAGAGAAUGCAACACAGAAAAGCCAGAAGGUGUUUGUCCAUGUGCCUUCAGAAAUUGCUGCACAUGAAGUUGAAGAAAUUGGAGUUGAACACUUGCUCAGGGAUGUUAAGGACACUACAAUAAGUACCCUGGCAACCGAGGUUACUGGAAAACUUGCAGCCUUGAAGGGAUUGGAUGCACGGCUUCAAGAGAUAAGAAGCUACCUCGACCUUGUUAUUGAUGGAAAAUUACCUUUGAAUCAUGAGAUACUUUACCAUUUACAGGAUGUGUUUAACCUGCUUCCAAAUCUCAAUGUAUCUGAAUUAAUUAAAUCAUUUGCAGUGAAAACAAAUGAUCAAAUGCUGGUUAUAUACCUUUCUUCCCUUAUCAGAAGUAUCAUCGCACUGCACAACUUGAUCAACAACAAGAUGCUUAACAAAGAGCACGAGAAAGCUGAAGAUUCAAAGCCAGUUGCUGUGCCGACUGCUGCUGGAAGCUGAUCAUGUAAAUGUGUCGAGAGAUAUACUUUAUUUGGGAACCUUUUGGUGAUGGAAUUGUGAACGUUUUGGAGUUGAUCAAAAAGAAGUCUUGUCAGUGAUUUUGACACAACCUCAUGAAUGUUGUUCGGAAUGAUUUAACCUUAGUAUGUGAGGAAGUUUGCCUGAUCCUUGUUCCCUCAGGAUCAUAGGUAGAGGGAUCACAUUGGAAAAUAGACUCAGACAUCAAUCAAUAGUUGUUCUGCUCUAGCUCAUCCCAUUUUUUCUUGUUUAAAGCUGAGUUAUUCAACACUUGCAUUCACUCUCGAACAAUUAAUCAUUGCAGCAUGGUAUUUCCUUGCCUCAAAAUCUAGUAUAUUCCAACGAUUGUAUGGCCUUUGCAAAUCAAACUGGCAAAUGCAGACCAAUGAUUUCCCUCACUUUGUAAAAGUGAGAGUAAUUGAGGUUAACAUAUUUCAGUUAUUUUGUUGCAUCAAAGGAUAAAGCAGGCUUCCAUAUCUAAGUAUCUAACCUUUUGAAAGAAACUAAAAACCAUAUAUUGAUCAAGGCCUAACCUUCAACUUAUGCAAAAAUUAUGGUAAGUGUCGGCCUUAAGACAAAUGAGGUUUGGCAAUAAGAAUUAAGAUCAUCCUUCCUGGUAUAACCUAAUAUCUAGAAGAUGCUAACCGACAUUGUCUUCAUCGUCAUCGGGAAGAACUGACUGCUCAAAGUCAGCAUCCAUGAUUACACCGUCCAUAAUAUGCACAAUCAGGUUGUUCUUCCCCUGCAAAUCCACAUGCUCGGAUCGAACUCUGUUAACCAGCAGCAUCCCAUCGUCAUCUCUUGAAAUGUACAAGGUAAAUCCGGCCAAAGAAUCAUAAUCAAUCUCCUGAUCUCGCGGAACAUCAACUGAAUGAAUCAUCCUAGGCACAGCAGAAAACCCCAACACCCGAGUAAGUACAGCGUAAGUGUCCCUACCAUUUUCUCCCUCUAAGCUUUCAUUUGAAUGUAAUCCAAGGAUGCGUUCAAAUGCCGUUAUUGAAGGCAAAAAUAUAGUAAAUGGUAGAUCUCCAGGCAGCAUUUCAAUCACCAUUUCUCCAAAUCUGCCGAUUUUGUCGUCGAUCUUAGUGACUUCUUUAUGUUCUUGCCUGAAGGAACCUCGGGGUAAUUCAGGAAGUCGAAAUAUUGAGAGAAACAGAACAAAGAAACAGCAUAAGAAGAUAGUUGCGCAAAGAAACGCAACUGGAUUCUUCAGAGUGUGAACCCGUAUGAGAUUCAUCUUCUUUCAGGCUUGAUAACUGCACAGAUCAUCACCUCACUGGACGUUUCAACUUCAGAAUUGAUCAUCAAAGCUGUGAUUCAAGAUGUCCUGAGGUGAAAAACCAACAUAAAAAGUCGGCAACAGGAAUUGAACAUUUCCCUAAUAAGUAAGCUCUGCUUUAAUUUAGACAGAAGAAUUCGAAUGCGGACCUGCGGGGAUCAGUGCCUGGAGAACAGAAAGAAAAAGAUCCAGUUUCUGGGCCGCCCCGGCCCGAUAGAGAGAGAAGCUAAUUCGAGUUGGAGAUGGUGAGGCUAUAGAUUGAAAUUGGAAAAUUAAUGAGAAUGAAUAAAGGCUUAUGGAGAUUCCCAACUUCUGAGUCCCCCAGUGCACCCAGUUUCUUUGUUCUUUCCUUUCUGACUUUCUGCAAGGAAAAACCGGCUAUGGGAACUAAUUUUUUAACAGUUCCCCAUAGAAGGGAUCGCUCCUCGAGCUCUCCCUCAGAUUCUGACUAUGGAAUUCCGUGCUUAGGGAAAAUGUGAAAGUGCGGGGGGCUUUGUAAAAACUAUUACUUAGCUAGUAGUUUUGUUAUCAUUUGAUCUGUGAUGUAAUUAUAAAUUUCUUUAUAUUUUCAAAUAUUAAAAAUAUAAACAAUAUACAUUUAUUUAUUUUAUGCGUAUUGAAAACUGUGUAGUUAGAUGUGUCAAGAAUUAUUAAUGUAUAACACCCAUAAGAGUAUAACUAAGAGAAGUUGAAUCUGUGGAUUUUUUUUCCUAAUAAGAAUUGAAAGAUUUCUUAAUGCUUCAUUGAAAUGAAACUGUGCUGACAUGAAAUUUUGCCAAAGAAAUGAGACACGAGUUGGGUAGAAAAGCGCAAAAAACUUUUACAUUGUAUAGUAUUCAGUAUUACACGCUACAUACCACAAAGUCCAAAUUAAACUCAAACCAAAAUGCCAAGGGCUUAUAACUUCAUUUUAUUUUCUUUUCCUGGGGGAAAAAGAAAAUCUCGUUUAAGCGAAUAGAACAAUCACCAUUAUCAUGUGGUCUACCAUUCAACUGGUGGAGUUCACUAUAAAAGAAAAGGAGUAGAGACCACAAAAUACGCGCAUUGCCAACGUGACCAAAAAUGUGAUCAUUACGUAGUCGUCUGUGCCACUGUCGUCUUUGCUACUUCCACUCGAGAUAAUCAAAACACUGUUGUUAUUAUCAUUACUAUUAUUAGCACCAUUUUGACAAUCCCCACAAAAAGAAAUGGACCACAAAAUGCUACUACUAUU